GACUCAGUAAUUGAAUGGUAUGUGGGGUGUGUGACAACAAUAUGACUGUAUAAAAGAGCGUGAGGUUCGUACACAAAAGCAUUCGUCAACAUGAAGGUCCUGUGUAUUACACUGCUGCUCCUGCUGGUGUGUAGCACUCAAGUGCUCACACUCACAUGCAACACCUGCACCAGUGGCGCAGAUAUCCAAUGCAAGACUCCAGUCGAGUGCGAGCCGACAGAGGUUUACUGCAAAACUGUCAUGGAUGGCGAUCAGAUGGAUCGUACCUGUGAGCAAUUCUGUGAUCCGGACGAUUUCACAACCUGCUGCCAGGAGGACGAGUGCUAAGCCCAAGGCCUCGCUCGAAGAGCACUUUCACUUUCUGAUGGUUCACGGUCGUGUGGAAAAAUGAACCUCACAAAGAAUAUGAAAGACUAUUUGUUGGUUUAUCAAAUGUUAAGCUUUCAAUAAUCCUGCUAAUUUGUUUAGUCUUUGAAUAAAAGAAUGAACGCAUUAACAAAAAA